AUGUCGGCCAUUCUUUCUGCAGAUGACCUGAAUGACUUUAUUUCCCCAGGUGUUGCAUGCAUCAAACCAGUCGAGACUUUACCUGCCGCCAAGCCUAUGAAUGAGAGUAACGAGUACGAAGUGAGCUUCAACACUGAAGCCCCUCCUACGGACCUCCCACCUGCCCAAAUCUCCCUCACAGAUUGUCUAGCAUGUUCAGGCUGUGUCACAUCCGCAGAAGCUGUCCUCGUAUCUAUGCAAUCACACGCCGAAGUGCUCCAAGAACUCGACUCGGGCCCUGCUCUUCGACUACGAGACAACACGACUGGGGCUGGUAUUGGAAUAGAGAAUCUCGAGAGCGGAGGCCGAAUAUACGUCGCGAGUGUUAGUCCGCAGUCAAGAGCGAGUAUCGCUGCUACAUUCGGAGUUACUGAGCGGGAGGCUGGUUUCAUGAUCGAGCAAUUAUUAAGUGGCCCGAAAGGGAUCAAAAGUAGAGCAGUCUACAGAAACGGCUUUCAAUGGGUCGUAGAUACGAACGUUGCCAGGGAGGCAUGCCUGGUGCUUGGAGCCGACGAAGUAAUGGUUUCGCUGUUAGCUAGAGAGGGCAAGUCGAAUGCGGUCGAAAAUGGAGCAGCCAAGAAACAGUCCUCAAAACCGAUAUUGACCUCAUCUUGUCCUGGAUGGAUAUGCUAUGCCGAGAAGACGCAUCCUCACGUCCUGCCACAUUUAUCACGGUUGAAGUCACCUCAAGCAUUGAUGGGAACUUUAUUAAAGACGACUCUCAGUCGAAAACUUGGAAUUUCUCCGGGUAGGAUAUGGCAUGUCGCCAUAAUGCCAUGCUUUGAUAAGAAGCUGGAAGCUAGUCGAGAAGAACUCACAGACGCCGUAUGGGAAGGAACUGGUAUUCGAGGUAUUCGAGAUGUUGAUUGCGUGAUCACUAGCAAAGAGCUGCUCAUGUUGGCAGACUCGAGACGGGUUGACUUCGCCAAACUGCCUCGUACACCACUCUCUGCACGAGUGCCAUUCCCAGACGCAAAGAUAGAUUCCUUCCUUUUCCCGCCUCCCCGGCGGCGAAAGAACAACGUCCCGGCCGCUGGGACUUCAGGGGGAAACCUCUAUUAUAUCCUUCAGUACUUUGCAUCCCAACACCAAGGUGCAACUAUUCAGACCACCAGAGGCAGGAAUGCAGACGUAUUAGAAUAUACUGUGACAUCUGGAGAAGGCGAGACUUUGUUCAAGGCGGCCCGGUAUUACGGAUUUCGCAAUAUCCAGAACCUGGUCCGACGUUUUAAACCAGCCAAGGCUUCUCGUAUGCCCGGUGGUAAGCCUGUUGGGAGCGCCAGGAAAUCUGGUGGGAAGCAAAUCGGACCGGAUUUUGCCUACAUCGAAGUCAUGGCCUGUCCCGGUGGGUGCACCAACGGGGGUGGUCAGAUCAAGGUUGACGAUCCGGUGAUUACCGGCCGCGAGACCAGCGCUGUCAAGCCAGGGACCCAAGAGCAGAAGGGGUGGCUAGCUCAAGUUGACGAGGCAUACUUUUCCGGAGGAGAGGAUACUGGCGAAGAAGCGGCGAUCCCGGAUGACCGUAACAAUGUUGGAGAUGGAAUUUCUCCUUCGCAUAUUAGAGAUACCCUAGCUCAUUGGGCAGCCACGACGGGCAUAGACUUGGAAAGACUGGUAUAUACCAGCUAUCGUGAGGUAGUCAGUGAUGUGGGGAAAAAAGCCGGUAAUACCGAGAGGGUGGUAGAGAUCGCUGGGAAGAUCGGUGGCGGUUGGUAA